AUGAGCUUGGCCCCGAAUGUGAAUGUGAUGAGGCAGGCGGCUCUGAUCUAUAUGGACAGGAGCGGGGGGCUGGAGAAACUGAUAGACGACUGCAGAAGAUAUGAUGAAUCUACACACAGUUAUGCAGUGUACCGGUUUGUAAUCUCCAUUAACCCUGUGGACAUCACAGAACUCAACGCCACCCUUGGAAACUAUAUCCUGCAUGAGCCACUGAGAGCUUCGCAGAUCUUCCAGUCGGUAUGUGAUGCCACAAUAAGAAUCCUUUCCUUGAUUGAACAAUACCAGACCGAAGCACAGAUAAAUGUAGUCCUGAAAUUAACGCAUUUGCCUGAACUGCCUGGCUAUCGCUUAAGCCUAAGCAACUUCCCCCUGGACUACAAGACCCAAAGACUUUAUAUGAUGGAAGGAGCAGUAACUGCAAUGUCUACAGUGACAAAGUACACUCAAGGAGCACAAUUUCUCUGUUCAGAAGCAAAGUGCCCCUUUUCUCAAGAUUUUCAGUAUAUCCGAGUACACAUCCCUGGGGCUACAGAGUCAGCCACUGUAGGACAAGACUUUAUAUGCGAUUUAUGUUCGUCACCGCUAAAGGAAGACAUGAAGUACAGAGUUCUUGGUGAUAAACAGGUGGUUGAGUUAACAGAUGCAAAGUCGUUGCGUAUUCUCCAGGGACAUUGUGUAACCCAUCAGAAUUGUCGCUUCCAGUCAUAUGCUGUAUACGUCAGAGAUGAAUUAAUUAACAGGAUGAAAAUAGGGGGAAGGUACAGAGUAAUAGGAAUUCCGGUAUGUGGGCCUAAUGGUGCUCAACUGUCUUUUUGCAUAGAAGCAAAUAAUAUUCAUCAGUACAUAGCAGAAAGUUCUCUGACCAUAAGCGAGGCACUUCAAGACCUUCAUGCAAAGACCUUCGGUUCCCCAUGGAUUUUCACAGGAAUACUUGCAAAUAUUUUUGCUUCACAAAUUGUUCCGGUGGGGACUUACAACACACUGAAACUCUGCAUACUACUCAGCCUUGUGCAAACAUGUAACGAAGAUGAAGAUAUUGGAAAUACCCUCGACCUCUUGGUUGUGACAAGUGAUACACUGAUUGUGGAGAGACUGAUGAGUUACAGUGUUAGCCUUCUACCACGUGGAGUCCGGCAUACACCAUUCUCUGACGUCUUUGCUACUGUAAGAAAAGAUGAACAUGGAACAGGGACUGCUAUUAUCCAUGCUGGCAGUGCUUUAAUGGCCAAAGGAGGUGUCUGCUUUAUUGGAGAUAUAAAUUCACAUAAAAAGGACAAGCUUGACCAUUUAAAGUCAGUUUUGGAGAGUAGAAACACGGCUGUGUUCAUACCCGGGAAGAAAUAUGGAGUAGAUGUGGAUCACCAGAUAUUUAUUUCUCUUCAGUGUCAUUUCUGGGCUUAUGCAGAUUCCUCUGCUAGGAAGUGCAAUUCAAGGGAAAACACCUUUAUUGGACAAAUGGAUUUAGGUAUGAUACCAGUCAGCCUCAUGGAUGCAUUUGGAAUGUUGGUUUACUGCAAUGAGUCAUCUCAUAGCAACCCAACUGUGCCGCUUGUACAUCACAGCCUGCUAAGAGCAGUAAGACCUGGAUCACCACUCUGCCCUGCAUCGGAGCAGUUCACAACACAAGACUUUGAAGAGCUUAUUUCUUAUGCAAAGAGUUUAAAGGUGACCUUUAGCUCCAGAGCCGAAACAUUACUCCAAGGUUACUAUUUGGCAAGCAGAAGGAUGAGAACAGACAGUAAUGGAUCUAAAAUAUCAGCAUCCGCGCUGAGACAUUUGUCUUCAAUAUCAGAAGCACACACAAAGUUAAGUUUGAGAAAGGAAGUGACAGAAGAAGAUGCUUUGGUUGCCAUUUUAAUUUUCGAAGUUUCUCUUACCCUAAAACAUGGCAGCUCUGUGUUCUCUGUAUCCCAUAAUCCUCUCUUUCCAGUUGAGCUAGUGGAUGAGAGUAGUUUGUGUCAGAGAGAUAAAUACCUGAGAGAAUGCCAACAUCAGCUCCUACAGUUUAUUAUGACAUAUGGACCCGGAGCAGCCGUUUCUAUCUCUGAAGAAUAA